AUGGUCCAUAUUGAAUCUAUUGAAGGCAUUAAGUCAAGUAAUAGGACAAGAUAUUCAAAUUAUGCAGGACAUGACAGGUAUGCUGAGGAGACCUUGAAUAUGCCACUAUGCCAUGAAGAUGAGAGAUCAGCCUUGCUGCAAUUCAAGCGUAGCUUUGACAUCAAGAAGUUUGCUUCUGGCAAUCCUUCUGCUUAUCCAAAGAUCAAGUCAUGGAAGCUUGAUGCAAAUGCUAGCGAUUGCUGCUCGUGGGAUGGCGUGGAGUGUGACCAUGAUACCAGUCGUGUGAUUGGUCUCGACCUCAGUAGCAGCUUCCUCUAUGGUUCUAUCAACUCCAACAGCAGCCUCUUCAGUCUUGUUCACCUUCGGAGGCUAAACCUUGCUGACAAUCACUUCAAUUAUUCUCAAAUUCCAACCGGAAUUGGAAAUCUUUCAAGACUAAAGAGUCUCAACCUCUAUAAUUCUUAUUUUUCUGGUCAGAUCCCUUCAGAGAUCUCAUCUCUUUCCCAAUUGACUUUCCUUAAUCUAUCUCAAUACUUUGAACCCGUGCAUGCUACUCAUGUAUAUCUUUUGAAACUUGAAAAACCCAGUUUGAGAGAUCUAAUCCAAAACCUAACCAACCUGAAAGUACUAGACCUCAAUGUGGUGAACGUAUCUUCUACAGUGCCAGGUGCUUUAUCGACUAUGACCUCUCUGACACAUCUUAAUCUCGGGAAUUGUAUCCUUUAUGGUGAAUUCCCAAUGGGCAUUUUUCAUCUACCAAACCUACGGGUUUUACGUGCGUCGGUCAAUGAAAACCUAUUUGGUUACCUUCCAGAAUUUCCGUAUGGUGGUCCAUUUGAGGAAUUGAAGAUUUGGAAAACAAAUUUUUCCGGAUUGCUUCCAAAUUCCAUUGAGAACCUUCAUUCCUUGAAGGAGUUACAUUUAGGAGAGUCCAAUUUUUAUGGGACACUUCCAAGCUCUCUUGGCAAUCUGGCCCAGCUCACGUUUCUGGAUGUUGUCGGAAGCAAUUUUUGGGGACAGGUCCCUUCAUCAAUAGCAAACUUAUCAAAACUCACUGUCUUAGGACUCGGCCAUUGUACUUUUGAUGCACGACCCCUUGAAAAGCUAUCAAAACUCAUUAUACUAGCACUUGACCAUACAAAACUAAGGGAUGUAUUACCACAGUCUCUUGCUAACAUGACCCAGCUAUCUACGUUAAUUCUCAACAACAAUGAGUUAUUUGGUGAAAUCCCAUCUUGGCUUUUGAACCUCACCAGAUUAACCUUUCUAGACCUUUCAAAAAAUCGACUAUCUGGCAUGUUUCCGAGCUCAAUCUCUCCACUCAAGCAUCUUGAAUACCUAGAUUUCAGCUUUAACAGGCUGCAAGGACCACUCCCUCUUCCACCACCGUCUGUCCUUUAUUAUAGAGUCGCUGGUAAUUUACUAACUGGAAAAAUACCAACAUCAUUCUGCCAAAAUAGAACUCUUUUUGCACUUGACUUGUCUGAUAAUAACCUAAGCGGUGCCAUUCCUCAAUGCUUGGCCAGUUUUAGUAGUGGUUCUCUGUUGCUUUUCAAUCUGAGUUACAACUUCUUCCAUGGUACCGUGCCCCAAACGUUCAUGAGGGGGAUCAAGAUGAUUGACUUGAGUCAUAAUCAAUUGAAUGGGGGAUUUCAUGGUGCCAUUGAGAAUCUUAAAACCAAUUUGAAGUUUCCGAAGUUGCGGAUCAUUGACCUCUCUCACAAUGGUUUCUCUGGUACAUUGCCGUCAGAGUACUUCCAAAACUGGAAUGCAAUGAAAGUGGUCGGAAAAGGGAAUUCAACAUAUAUGCAAGUGGAGACACCAGUAGGUUUUGGGGUGGCAAAUAUUGUUUAUUCUGAGGGUUUUACCUAUUCGAUGACAAUAUCUAGCAAAGGGACAAAACUACUUUAUGAGAAGAUCCAAAGUGUAUUUGUAGUUGUUGAUCUUUCAGACAACAAGUUCAGAGGUGAAAUUCUAGAAUCCCUUGGAAGUCUCAGUGGACUUCAAGCUCUAAAUAUUUCCGAAAACAACCUCAUUGGCAUCAUCCCGUCAUCCUUUGCAUAUUUGGCGGACCUAGAAUCGUUGGACCUAUCUCGAAACCGACUCUCAGAAGAGAUCCCGCAGCAACUAACCAAACUCACUUUCCUCUCAGUCCUACACGUUUCUCAUAACCGUCUCACUGGCCCCAUACCUCGAGGUAAACAAUUCGAUACAUUUGAUAAUAGUUCAUAUGGUGGGAAUAUGGGAUUGUGUGGUGUCCCCCUGACAAUCUUAUGCGAGAAUUCAAAAACGUCACCCCCACCACCACCGGCACACAGCUUGCAAGGCGAUGGGUUAGAGUUUUCGAGGGGUAUCUACUGGAUGGUCAUAAUGAUGGGAUAUGGGAGUGGGCUGAUAAUUGGGUUGGUUGUCGGGCAGACGCUCACCACGAGGUAUCAUGAACAGUUUGUUGCAAUCUUCUAA